AGAAAAAAAGAAAAAAAGAAAGGAGGAAAAGCACUGCACAAGCGAAUUCCGCCGAGGGCAAAGGUUUAUGAAACAGAGGAGGAACCCACCUCCGUUGCAUCGCUUGAACGAGCUUGCAGCAUAAUCAGCGGCAGCUUCCUUUGAACUCUGUUGUUAAGAACCAAAAAAUACGGAGCAAAAUGCCUUCUCCAAUCUCCUCUCUGCGCUUUAACCCAAAUCCUUCAUUUUGUCUCCCGCAGAUCCUCCAUUCUUGUCUCAUCUACCGGUUCUUCUCCAAGCCCACAAUCCCCUUCUCAAAAUUUGACAAUAUGACACCAAAACCUUCAUCACCUUCACCAACCAUUGACGACGAAACGGUGCGUGAAACGCUCGUCUCCUACAGUAACGACUGGAGACGCGCGCUCGAGUUUUUCAAGUGGGUCGAUGCGGAUUCCCGGUAUACCCACACCACUGAAACAUUCAAUGGAAUGAUAGAUAUUUUGGGUAAGUUCUUCGAGUUUGACCUCGCAUGGGAUUUGAUACACCGCAUGCAAACAAAUCCAUUUUCAAUGCCCAAUCAUGCUACUUUUCGUAUCAUGUUUAAACGUUAUGUAUCGGCACGUCUGGUUAAAGAAGCAAUUUGUGCGUAUGAUAGACUAGAAGAGUUCAAUUUGAAAGAUGAGACUUCUUACUGUAAUCUUAUUGAUUCGCUUUGCGAGUAUAAGCAUGUUAUUGAGGCCCAAGAUUUGUGCUUUGGGAAAAACAAGAAUAUGGUUUUCGGUAAUUUCAAUGUGAGUGAGACAAAGAUUCAUAAUAUGAUUCUUCGCGGAUGGUUUAAGAUUGGGUGGUGGGGUAAGUGUAGGGACUUUUGGGAGGAGAUGGAUAAGAAGGGUGUUGUCAAGGAUUUACAUUCUUAUUCUAUUUAUAUGGAUAUAAUGUGCAAGAGUGGUAAGCCACAUAAGGCUGUAAUGUUGUAUAAAGAGAUGAAGAGGAAGGGAAUAAAGUUGGAUGUGGUUGCCUACAAUACUGUUAUUCAAGGAAUUGGGAUUUCCAAGGGUGUAGAUUUUGGGAUUCGGGUGUUUCGUGAGAUGAGAGAGUUGGGUUGUCAGCCAAAUGUUGUGACUUAUAACACAGUCAUAAAGCUUUUGUGUGAAAAUAGGAGGAUGAGAGAAGCAUAUGCAAUGGUCAAUGAAAUGCAGAAGAAGCAUUGUCUGCCAAAUGCAAUUACAUAUCAUUGCUUUUUUGGGCAUCUUGAGAAACCAAGGGAGAUUCUUUGGCUUUUUGAUAGGAUGAUUGAGAGUGGGGUUCGUCCAAGGAUGGACACAUAUGUGAUGCUGAUGAGAAAGUUUGGUAGAUGGGGAUUUCUUCGACCCGUUUUUGUACUGUGGAAGAAGAUGGAACAGCUGGGAUGUAGUCCAGAUAAGGGUGCAUAUGAUGCACUGAUUGAUGUUCUAAUUCAAAAGGGAAUGUUAGAUAUGGCUAGAAUGUAUGAUGAAGAAAUGUUAGCAAAAGGGCUUUCACCUAAGCUAAGGGAAGAGCUAGGAACAAAGUUGGUUCAAGGAGACUCAUAUGGUGUGGAUAGUUUGUAACCAUAGUAUAGGUAUUCAGACGGUAAAGCCAGUUUUGCACUGAACAUAAACCAAACUACAUGAAACAGAUCUCCAGAAGUCCAAUCAGUACUAAUUGCCUUAAGGGAGAUGGAAAAAUAUUCUGUUAAAGAUCCUCAGUCAUGAUAAAAAAUUAUUCUUUCUUGCCAAAGGUGAGAAACAAAAAUAAGUCAAGGCACUCCUAAGUAAUUUUGUCAUGACUUGCAGAAUCAGGUGACAUGGUGCCACCAAACCAAGUACGAUAAAUCCUAGCAGACCCUUGGCUAAACCUUGGAAAUCUAAAUGCCAUUAUGUGCUUUCAAAUCCUCCUGGCCAUCAUCCGGAAGUAAGAUGAUGAUGAGUAGUAAAAUUGUGAUGAUGCUCAGGGCAGUAGGCUGGAAUGGAUAUAGCAUGAUGUACGAGAAGGUUUUGCUAGCUGAAAAUUGUUGUUUAUGCCAACAGAGAAGUACUUCUGAAUGAAUCCCUAUGAAAAGAGCACCAUUCUGGAGCAUGAGCAUAUGGGCUACAAAAGGAUUUUGCCUAUUUGACGAGCUUCUAGUGGUUAAUGAUAUCGAAUGAUGUGCAAAUUCUCACAUCAGGAUCCUGCAUUCAUCAGGAAACUCAAAUAGUGCUCUUGUUCUGGCAAUUAUUUUUUAGGGUUUAGGAUGUUCUUUUGGACAGCUGAUGAAAAAUUAGCUUUGGUUUGGUAAUCUUCCAAUUGCACUGGCAUGUGAAGUAUCCUUGUUUUUCUCCUACUUCAAUCUUAUGCAGGAAGAAAUAGCUUAUUGGCUGAUGUUUAAAGUUGGUUUCUUUGUUGCUAUUGAAUAUUUUUUAGUUUCAUUUCAGCAAGUGGUGAAACAAUAGCAUAUCAAGCCUGAUUUCUUUGUAAAUAGUGGGACGAGGUAGUUACUGUGUUUUACACCAAAAAAUAGAGAGCUGCUGAUAUGAAAGCAAGAUGGAUUUUUUAA